AUGCGCCCCUGUACCGCCUCCUCAUGCUGCUGCCAGGCCCGUAAUCUGCCAUGGGCCCCCGUACCGACUCCUCAUGCUGCUGCCAGGCCCGUAAUCUGUCAUGGGCCCCUGUACCGCCUCCUCAUGCUGCUGCCAGGUCCAGAGUGUGUCAUGGGUCCCUGUACGGCCUCCCAUUGCUGCUGUCUCUAUCGCCACACUCUGCCAUGUGCCACUUUCAGGUCUCCUCACACUGCUGGUGGUUUCAUUUUUGUCAUAGGGUGCUGUAUGGCCUCCCAUUGCUGCUGCCUCCACCGCCACACUGUGGCUCCACACUCUGGUUUUGGCCCCGUGACUGCCCAAAUGAGUGAAGUGUGCGGUGAUUCUAAGAUCGACGGCACUCAUCUGCAUGUCAUACUGACUGACAGUAUUAUUUCUCUUCCCCAGCAGACUCCAAGGGCAUUUAAAUUAAAGGUACAGUGUUCUGCACUAAUAUUA